UCAGCUAAAGCCCAGUAGUACUAAUCUUUUUUUUAAUAAAUUUUUAAAUUAGAUAUUUUUUUUCUCUUUUUUUUUAUUUUUUAUAAAUUAAUAUGCUUUUUAGAUAAUUGUUUGACUGUUGGACAAUAAUUGUUUGCUUUUAGUGCCCCUGCGUGUGUUGCAAUAUGGAAAUUGGUAUAAAACAAUAUUCAAAACCUGGGUUUUUGCAAAAGAUGAUGCAAGGUAGAUGUUUUGAAGUUAGCAUGUUACAUGGUAUGUUAUUUUUUAAGGAAUAUGUGUCUCUAUCACUUGUCGAAAGGAAAAACGAAAGAAUUGAAAACUAAGCGACUAAAUAGUCGUUGGAAUCAUGUGAUUCAUUUUUGCUGACGUAGUGGAUUCAGUUCAUUAUGCCGAUUGUUUGCCUUACCUGAUGCGGUUGCUGUUUCAAAUUCUGUAUUUGCUGUGAAAGGACGAACAAUGUUAUGUUCAUUCUUACGUAGUAUGUAAUCUGUUUUCAUUUGUAGUUAGCGUUGAUUAAGUCAAGUCAUUCAAAAGGGUUUGUUUCAUGUAGAAUUGUUAUUUUCUUCUCGUUUCUGAGAUGUUUGUUUGCGGCUUUCUGCUUUUUGUGGGGGUUUUAGGUAUAUAAAUGCUGUAUUGCAUAUUCAAUGCUGCAUUUCAAAUGUGGCUUUACUUUGCAGGACAAAAUGAUAAACAAACGACCUUUUGAUGUUGAGGAUUCUUAUGAGGUUGCUUGUAAGCUCCCUAGACGAUUGGAACAUGCUAAUGAGCCUGCUCCAAUUGUGGAUACUUUUCCUUUGAGUAGCAGUCCCCAGAAAAUUCAAAUUUCAGAUGGUGAAGGUGACGGGAGUUUUAGUAAAUGUCCAGACGAAGGAAGGUCUGCAAGUGACUUGGGAACUGAAUCCUCAAAUGAGACCUACAAAGAACUUGAAACUGGUGCUUCUGGAAGCUCCUUCCGAUUUUGGUGGGCCAACAACAAUAUGUUUGAAGCUCAUGUAAGACCUGAGGCAGCAGGGCAUCUAUCAUUAUUCCCAGAAUUUUUUUCACCUGCAAACCAUUUGAGGGCUUUUCUUCAUUCUGAUAUGAUCUGCUCAUCUCCUGUUGAUUGUCCUCCUCAAAGGCUAGUUUCUAUCGGACCUCAGCAUCAAGCUUAUGUUCCAGAAUGGGGCCACGAGGGUUCACACUCUUCAAAUCAUCUGGAGAAAUUGGAUCCUCGGCACGAACUUUCAUAUGUUUCUGGCCAAGGCCUUGGUGUCAAUCAGGAGAAGCUGAUGGGUACCUUUAUCAUUUCUAUGCCUGAGCUGGAUACAUUUGAAAACCAUUUAUGUGAAGAUGUGAGAGCUAGAAACAACUGUAAGUGUGCUGAUGCAGGUUCUGUUAGAUGCGUGAGACUGCAUGUUAUGGAAGCAAGAGAGAAAUUAAGGGAAGACCUUGGACAUCACCUAUUUGAAGAGUUGGGCUUUUAUGAAAUGGGAGAGGAGGUUGCAGAGAAAUGGACUAAAGAGGAAGAGCGUGCCUUCCACGAUGCCAUCUUCUCUAACCCUGCAUCAUUGGGUAAGAACUUCUGGCACCACCUCUCAGUGGCUUUUCCUUUGCGACCGCACAAAGACCUUGUCAGCUAUUAUUUCAAUGUUUUCAUGCUCCAUAAGCGUGCUGAGCAGAAUAGGUUUGACCCUCUAAACAUUGAUAGCGACGAUGAUGAGUGGCAAAAGAGCGAACUUGGAGUGCUCAAUGAUGACAAGGACGCUUUGGUGGAAUCUCCUGUAAAUCUAGAUGCUCCUGCCUAUAACCAGGUAGAACAUUUAGGCUGUUUCAAUGAGCACAUUGAGGAUGCUGAUGACGUAGAUGGUUGUAAUGAUGGUGCCGAUGUGGUUGGUUGUGAUGGAAUUAAGGACGAGGAUGCAGGUGAUAUAGAUGAUGGCUCAGGAGCUCAUGUUGAGAAUCCCCCUGGUGAUAGUGGUGGUGCUACUGAAACUCGGCUUUUGGAUAAAACUCCUAGCAGUAACAAAGAGAACUAUGAUAUUCAGGAUGAUUCUUGCACAUCAUAUGAGUAUCAGCAAGACAGUUGAGUUAUAUGCUCCACUUACGGAGGUGAAAGAUUCAAGAAUUGCAGUGUAGAAUGACAACUCGUAUAUUUAAGUAUGCGAAGCAUCUUGACUGGCCUGCAUCAGCACAAUUAGAUGUUGAGAUGGCAAAGGUCGGAGGUGAACUACAGUACAACUAAUAGCUCCUCGCACUGUUGUUCGAUUCAAGCCAGCUUUGGGCUGUACAAACUCCUAAAGCCUUUUGUUCAUGAUUUUGAGAACCCUGAAGGAGGAGCUUCAAGUUGGUGAUCGAUUAUUAACUCUUCAAAGAUGAAAGUAGUUUUCCUUCGGUUUUUCAGUUCUUGGAAGAAGGCAGCUACAGAUACAGAUGUGGGUUUCUAGUACACGAUUGAUGUCCUCCGUCUGCUAGUCAAAGGGAUUACCGUGGCCGGGAAACUCCUUCCUUAAGUGAAUAGGGUAGAAUUUCAUUACCCAUGUUCUUCCGUGAGACCAAAAUCCUGUUUUUCCUUCUGAGGAUGAGUCCCGUGCGAACAGUAACACAAAAGGGAUCGUUUUCAUCGAAGAAAUUGAAUCAAAAGUUCGUUACCAAGAAUUCACACUGCAUCUUUUUGUUUUUGGUAGUGAGGUUAAUUCGUUUUAUUUUUUGUCUUCGUUUUCCCAGUGUUGUCACUCUUAUUUGAUACUAUUUCUCUCAAUCCUUUGGAAAUGAAUUUUUACAUGAAUUUAAAUACCUAUUCAAACUUC